AAAUAUUAUGUUACCGAAUUGGUUUAAUUAUAUUUUCCGUGCACACUGCAGUACAAAGUAACAAUAUUAAGCACAAUUAAAAUACAAAACAAACUAAUAUAACUGAUUUUCGGCUCUGAAUGACCCCUGGAUACGACACGGGAAGCUGAAAUAGUAACGCCGCCCCUCCGCAGGUCUCCUGUGAUAAUCAGAGUGAGUCGCUGUCCAGCAGCCUGUAGUGCUGAAAUCUCAGCUCUUUCCCAUAACAAUGGAACGGCAAUGAGACAAAGGAUCUGCAGACCACGAAAAACGCCAUUGCAAUGGAAGAUGACCUGUUCCAGCUGAGACAGCUGCCCGUGGUGAAGUUCCGGCGCACAGGUGAGAGUGCACGCUCCGAGGAUGAGGCUAUGUGCGGAGAACAUGAGGUUCGGAUCGAAGGGGUCCACCGGGACCUGGAGCCCGUGGAGCUGGCGGGUGGAGCCGCAGUGCCUAAGGAGUUCGCAAACCCCACCGACGAUACAUUUCUGGUGGAAGAUGCAGUGGAAGCCAUUGGCUUUGGGAAAUUCCAGUGGAAACUCUCUAUUCUCACUGGAUUGGCAUGGAUGGCCGAUGCCAUGGAGAUGAUGAUUCUCAGUAUUCUAGCCCCGCAAUUGCACUGUGAGUGGAGGUUACCCAGUUGGCAAGUUGCCCUUCUCACGUCGGUAGUGUUUAUUGGCAUGAUGCUUAGCUCAUCGUUUUGGGGAAACGUAUCUGACCAGUAUGGAAGAAAAACCGGCCUGAAGGUCAGUGUGCUGUGGACUCUGUUCUAUGGAGUGCUCAGUGCGUUCGCUCCGGUGUACGGCUGGAUUCUGUUUCUGAGGGGACUGGUGGGAAUUGGGAUUGGAGGUGUUCCACAGUCGGUAACACUCUACGCGGAAUUCCUGCCAAUGAGAUCCAGAGCCAAGUGCAUUUUACUGAUAGAGGUGUUCUGGGCGCUGGGCACCGUGUUUGAGGUGCUCCUGGCUAUCAUGGUGAUGCCUACGCUGGGCUGGCGCUGGCUGCUCCUCCUCUCCACCUUGCCCCUCAUGAUCUUCAGUGUCCUGUGUUUUUGGCUGCCGGAGAGUGCAAGGUACGACGUCCUAACUGGGAACCAGGAGAAAGCUCUGACCACAUUGAAACGCAUUGCCAAGGAGAAUGGAGUCCCCAUGCCACUGGGAAAGCUUACUGUGGCCAGGCAGGAGGACCGUGGAAAGAUUCGGGACCUCUUCUCUCCCCAGUUCCGCUGGACCACUAUCCUCCUGUGGUUUAUCUGGUUCUCCAACGCAUUCUCUUAUUAUGGGUUAGUGUUACUGACCACAGAGCUGUUCCAAGCAGGGGAUGUGUGCAGUGUUUCAAAGGGCAGAAGGACCAUGGAACCCAGAUGCAGCUUUGAAUGUAAAUACCUGACCGAGAAUGACUACAAAGACCUCCUGUGGACCACCUUAUCUGAAUUCCCAGGCGUGCUGGUUACUCUCUGGGUUAUCGACCAGAUCGGACGCAAGAAAACCAUGGCGCUGUCCUUCAUCGUCUUCUCGUUCUGCAUCCUGCUGUUGCUGGCCUGCGUCGGAAGGACGGCUCUCACUGUUUUCCUCUUCAUUGCCAGGGCUUUCAUUUCGGGUGGAUUCCAAGCUGCUUAUGUAUACACCCCAGAGGUGUACCCCACAGCUACGAGGGCUCUGGGUUUAGGGACCUGCAGUGGCAUGGCCAGGGUGGGUGCUCUCCUCACCCCCUUUAUUGCACAGGUGAUGCUGGAGUCUUCGGCCUACCUGACGCUCUCUGUGUACUGCUGCUGCUCCAUCCUAGCUGCCAUCGCCUCCUGCGCCUUGCCAAUCGAGACCACAGGCCGUGGUCUGCAGGAGUCCAGCCACAGGCAGUGGGGUCAGGAGAUGGUGGGGUGUGCGUCCCACAGCUCAGAGAGGAUCCCCCGCUCCAGCUCGGGGUCACAGAAUUGACGGGGGCUGCAGGACGGGUCAGAACCCCCCGGAGCGCCAUUUGGGCUGGUCUUUACUAGUCUGUACAUAGAAGUGUUGGGUUUAAGAAGGAUGCCUGCCUGUACAAUGUGUUUGUAUGAUUGCAAAAUGUGAGUUCUAUCAAGACAUGCAAGCAACACAGCAGAUUGUUUCUCCUAAAGUCAUAUUAAUGUAUGUGAACAGCUUAGGCCAUCAAUUAUUUUUCAUGACAGUCCAGCUAAAAAGAACAGAGCUCAUUUUAGGGCAAAGGGUGAGGUCUACUGGUAAGGAAAGUGUGAGAUGGAGGCCCUGAGAGGUGCUUUAGUAACUAAGUGGCUGCUUCAGAUCUGUACUGGUUUUAAUCUUUUCUCACUGGUCAUGGUGGUACUCGUUUCACACUGUAAGGUCAGUGUCAUGAUCCCAGCCCUCCAAUCAAACUGUACGGCCAGCCAGCUCUGAAGCACUAGUGAAGAAUCUGCGAUUGAUUCUCACCACUUUCUUUUGCUUCCAACUGUGCAGAUUUAAUUUGAAUACGCUGAAUAUUUGCAUUCGCAUACCCGCUUUCAAUUAUCAACGGGGGUAUCACAACGUGUACCGCAAGCGCUGCCUUUCCAAACGCUGCUGCAGAAACCUCCCUGUGACUUCUCUUCAGCAGUAUGAUGUGCACAGUGGAUGUCCUCAAAAGACAGCCUGUGACUGUUAGUAAUGCCCCAGUUGAGUAACAAUCCAGGAUAGAUGAAUGAAAAUGUCAAAACAAAAAGCUGUUCUGUGAAAUUUGCUAUAGCAGCUGCAGCUGUAUGCUGGAGGCCCAAGAGCAAAUAAUGAGAAUACUGUCAACCUGAACAAAGAAUGUAACAUGCACAUAUAUGGAAUAUUAGACUCAUCACACUGUUAUGAGUUUUCCCAACAUAUCUGGGUUAAAACCUGGGCUCUAAUGUACAAAACAUUUACUUGUAAAAGGCUCAGACACUUUGUGUUUAAGUGGAUUGGAUUCCCGUGCUGAACAGAGCUAUUGAGACAGUCAACCACAGAGCACAGGUUUGCAAGUGGAUUCGUUCAGGUGUCAUCAGUAAUGCUUAAUGAAGAAUCCUCAAUGCAAACUGAACAAGCACACAGACAGGGCUCAAGAGGAAACCAUGUCACAGUGUGCUAGUAUUGGCACAGUCUGCCAGUAAAACAUGUUACACAAUAUGCCCUCUUGAGUGCUGGUAUGUGCUAUAAUACACUGUAGCUGGAAACAAUUACUGUACUUAUAACUGUGACAAAAAUGUAAAGAUGUAUUUAAACAUGCACGGGCUGGCUCUCAGAGCGCCCACACUCCAUUUAAAUAGCUUCUCUCUCUCUCUCUCUCAUGCCUGCCUUUCACAAUCCAUUAAGUGUCUCUACACAGGUUCCUGCCAGUGCACUCUAUGUAAAUGUGUAUCAUACAAUGAAUGAUGUUUAAAAAAAGUCUCACACAUCUAAAGUGUUGUUUUCCUUCUAUUCUACAGUAUCAGCCAGUCCAUCUUAUUACACUGAUGUAUUGAAACAACUGCAACAUUCAACUGAACCUAAUGCAGUUCAGUCAAACUACCUGGCUUUCUCAAUCCUAAAAUAGAGAACUCAUUUUCCCCACCAAAAAACGUGGGGAAUUCUCCCAUUUUUACAGUUUACAUUUGACAGCACACCCACUCGUUCUGGCCUCACUUACAGAUUGA